AUGCAAUUUACUAUAAAUACUGGGACAAGUGCGUUUGCAGUCAUCAGAAGUGUUGCUGUCAACUGUAGUGGUGCUGUCGUCGGGAGUGGUGCUGUCAUCAGUAGUGGUGCUGUCAUCGGAAGUGGUGCUGUCGUCCGGGGUGGUGCUGUCAUCGGGAGUGGUGCUGUCAUCGAUACCAGUGCUGUCGUUUGGAGUGGUGCUGUCGUCGGGAGUGGUGCUGUCAUCAGUAGUGGUGCUGUCAUCGGAAGUGGUGCUGUCGUCCGGGGUGGUGCUGUCAUCGGUAGUGGUGCUGUCAUCUGUAGUGGGGCUGUCAUCGGAAGUGGUGCUGUCAUCUGUAGUGGUGCUGUCGUCUGGAGUGGUGCUGUCAUAGGGAGUGGUGCUGUCAUCUGGAGUGGUGCUGUCAUCGGGAGUGGUGCUGUCAUCGAUACCAGUGCUGUCGUUUGGAGUGGUGCUGUCAUCGGUAGUGGUGCUGUCAUCAGAAGUGGUGCAGUCAUCCGGGGUGGUGCUGUCAUCGAUAGAGGUGCUGUCGUCAGGAGUGGUGCUGUCAUCGGUAGUGGUGCUGUCAUCUGCAGUGGUGCUGUCAUCAGAAGUGGUGCUGUCAUCGGGAGUGAUGCAGUUGUUGGGAGUGGUGCAGUCGUUGGGAGUGGUGCAGUCGUUGGGAGUGGUGCAGUCAUUGGGAGUGGUGCAGUCAUCGGGAGUGAUGCAGUUGUUGGGAGUGGUGCAGUUGUCGGGAGUGGUGUGCUUGUUUGGAGUGGUGCAGUGGUCUGGAGUGGUGCAGUUGUCAGGAGUGGUGUGCUUGUUUGGAGUGGUGCAGUGGUCUGGAGUGGUGCAGUCGUUGGGAGUGGUGCUGUCAUCGAUAGCGGUGUUGUCGUUUGGAGUGGUGCUGUCGUCGGGAGAGGUGCAGUCGUCCGGAGUGUUGCUGUCAUCGGUAGUGGUGCUGUCAUCGGUAGUGGUGCAGUCGUUGGGAGUGGUGCAGUUGUCGGGAGUGGUGCAGUGGUCUGGAGUGGUGCAGUGGUCUGGAGUGGUGCAGUGGUCUGGAGUGGUGCAGUUGUUGGGAGUGGUACAGUCAUAGGGAGUGGUGCAGUUGUCAGAGUGGUGCAGUCAUCCGGAGUGGUGCAGUUGUUGGGAAUGGUGCAGUUGUCGGGAGUGGUGUGCUUGUUUGGAGUGGUGCAGUGGUCUGGAGUGGUGCAGUGGUCUGGAAUGGUGCAGUUGUCGGGAGUGGUGUGCUUGUUUGGAGUGGUGCAGUGGUCUGGAGUGGUGCUGUCGUCGGGAGUGGUACAGUCUUAG